UUUCACUGGUCUUGCCUUCCCUGCCUAGGACAAAUAUGUAAGAGGGGUAAAGAAGAGCAGUAAACUGUAAGUUAUUCUCCUCUAACCUCAGUCAGAUCCAGCGCACCUCAAAUACCAAGCGUAAACCAUGGCUUUCACUCCAAAAUCAUACAGUAAAACAGUUACAACAUCAAGCACUAGAUCCACUAAAGUGGAUGAUGGCAAAAAGAAAUCCCUGCUGAAGGACAAUAGCUGGAUUAAGACGAAUGUGAACGAGGAGGAGAAAGUCGAACGUGAUGGUAACUUCGGCAAAACUGUCCUGAGUCGCAUUAAGUCCAACGAAAGCCUUGUCAGCCCUCAAGAUAAAACUAGCAAAACUGAGAGCAAAACCAUCACCGUCAGCCCUUCAUCAGGGAGCACUGUCCAGGCGCUCUCUAAGAGAUUUGGCGGCAGCCAGGACCAACUGAAUGAAACCAGAACAACAGGAACUAAAACAACUGUGAAAGCGGAGCCCAGGAAAAGCUCUACUUCUACAACAAUCAAAGAUGGUGCAAAGAUAACUGAGACAACUGUGACCACUACCAAGCAGGAUGUGGUCAAAUCAUCUACCAAGUCUGAAACACUCACUGAUAAAGACCUGGCAGGUUUAAACACCAAGACUUCUGGUGAUUACAAGACUGAAGUCAUUACCAUCAAGUCAUCAAAGGACACUGUUGAUGGACCCACUUCACCUGUCAAGACCACCACCAGCGUCAGAACCUACACCAGAGGGGAUGUUUCACCGACUAAAACAACAUCAUAUUCUGUCCGGUCCACAAAGAGCACUGAGGAUCAACUGUUUGAUACUCUCAUACCAACAUCGAUCAAGUCAGCCAACACUGACACCACUGACUACAAGACUGAAGUGGUUACUGUGAAGACAUCAAAGACCAUCAGUGAUGCACCAACUUCACCCCUUAAGACCACCACAAGCAUCAAGACCUACACCAAGGAGGAUGUUUCACCCCCUAAAACAACAUCUUACAGCACAAAGAGUGACUACAAGACUGAAGUGGUUACUGUGAAGUCUUCAAAGGACACCGUUAAUGUACCAACUUCACCUGUCAAGACCACUACAAGCAUCAAGACCUACACCAAAGAGGAUGUUUCGCCAACUCAAACAACAUCUUACAGCACAAAGAGUGACUACAAGACUGAAGUGGUUACUGUGAAGACAUCAAAGGACAUCAGUGAUGCACCCACUUCACCUGUCAAGACCACCACAAGCAUCAAAACCUACACCAAGGAGGACGUUUCACCCCCUAAAACAACAUCAUAUUCUGUCCGGUCCACAAAGAGCACUGAGGAUCAACUGUUUGAUACUCUCAUACCAACAUCGAUCAAGUCAGCCAACACAAAGUAUGACAGCAGUCGCGAGGAUAUAUCAGUCUCCAAAUCCACCAGAACCUUCUAUUCUACAAAUGAAAGAGAUGAGUGGAGCACGGUCACGAGUCCUUCUUACAGCAGAACAUCAUACACAGAGAGCAGGCCUGUUGACUACCUGUCUGACACGCUCACAUCAAAAAGCACUACGACCGUGUACACUUCACCCGAAAGGGUAGUUAGUGGGAAGGACAUCUGCACCGUCUGCCAUAAAAACAUGUACACGGAUGAGAAGAUUAUCCUGGAUGACAUGAACAUCAACUGUCAUGCAAGUUGUUUCAAGUGUGGGGUGUGUAAUGCGUCUCUGGGACUCCUGAAGGCAGGGGACAGUUUGUGGGUGUACCGUCGUGCCAUUCACUGCGAGAGCUGCUUCGGAGUCACUAAGGGCAAAUGGCUCCGCUGAAACUAUAUUAAGCGAUAAUGAAGUGAUGUUCUGAAAGAGAUGGCAAAUAUACAUCCCUAUUCCAAAACUUUCCCACGGCUUUGGACUCGGGCCAUUUGAAGUUCAGUUUUUGGUGGUGGACUUCUGUCUGAUAGACUUUGGGGUUUAUUAAUUGCAUUGAUUGCUAUCCUCCACGAUGAUGCGACAAGGAUCUUAUCCAAUUAUUAAAAUAAUAAGAAUAUCUUUCCUCAUGCAUUAUAUUUUUUUGAGAUGCUUUAUUUUUCUUAACUAAUGUUUUUCUUCUUAAAGAAUAAAUGUGAAUUCUGUGAAAAA